CAUCCCUCUGCCUUUCUAAGGAGGUGAUGCACCGCAACUCAGGCACAUCAGCUUAGGAUCUCAGGCUUCUUCUCUACGUUUUUCGGGAAAUUCAAACAAGGCUGUCUCAAUUGGAGAAGAGCUGCGCUUUCUCAGACAGAGCUCCCUGUAUCCGUCUCUUUACUCCUCUUCCUCCUCCCUGUUCUCGGUGAGGGUUGUCGGGGAUGGAAGCGCGCGCUGGCCGCCUCUUCGUGGACUCGCGCUUCACGGUUAUCAUCUUUCGCGAAUCUCCUGCAUCUCUGUGGUGGUGACUGGAAAAACAUGCCGUUGAAAUGGAAAAGCGGUUCGCCCGUUAGCUGGAAAUUUCCCGUGCCGGUCCUAAAAACGUCCAGGUCUUCUCCACUUUCGCCAGCAUAUAUCCACCAGCAUUCGUUUGUGGUGUGGACCACCCACUCUCUGCUUGCUGCAUCGCCAACUUAUCACCUGACAGGAUCACUGGUGGAGGAUGAUGAUGCUCAGAUGAUGAAGGUGUCACUAGGAUGCAGUGAAAUGGGGCUCUCCUCCCACUUGCAGGCCUCAAAAACAGGAAACACACGCUUCUUUACCAGCAACACACAUAGCUCUGUGGUACUACAGGGAUUUGAUCAGUUGAGAAUAGAGGGCCUGCUGUGUGAUGUCACUUUGGUAGCAGGAGACGGAGAUGAGGCGUUUCCUGUUCACCGAGCCAUGAUGGCCUCCUCCAGCGACUACUUUAAAGCCAUGUUUACAGGUGGAAUGAAAGAGCAGGAUUUGAUGUGUAUAAAGCUGCAUGGUGUAAAUCGAAUAGGGCUAAAGAAGAUUAUAGACUUCAUUUACACCGCCAAACUCUCUCUCAACAUGGAGAACCUGCAGGACACCCUAGAGGCUGCUAGCUUUCUCCAGAUUCUGCCUGUCCUUGACUUCUGCAAAGUCUUUCUCAUUUCUGGGGUGUCCUUGGAUAACUGUGUUGAGGUGGGGCGUAUCGCCAACACCUACAAUCUCACGGAAGUGGACAAAUACGUCAACAACUUCAUCCUCAAGAAUUUUCCCUCGCUGCUCGGCACCGGCGAGUUUGUCAAACUUCCAUUUGAACGUCUUGCAUUUGUUCUCUCCUCUAACAGUCUAAAACACUGCAGCGAGCUGGACCUGUUUAAAGCCGCAUGCCGCUGGUUACGCUACGAAGAAGGACGCAUGGAAUAUGCUGCCAAAUUAAUGCGCAAUAUCCGAUUUCCACUCAUGAGUCCAACGGAACUCAUAAAUCACAUACAGACUGUCGACUUUAUGCGUACGGACAAUACCUGCGUUAAUCUUUUAUUAGAAGCCAGCAACUACCAGAUGAUGCCAUACAUGCAGCCGGUGAUGCAGUCAGAAAGAACUGUGAUUCGAUCAGACAACACUCAUUUAGUAACACUAGGGGGCGUGCUACGGCAACAGCUAGUUGUAAGUAAAGAGUUACGACUUUUUGACGAGAAAGCACACGAAUGGAAGGCACUGGCACCAAUGGACGCGCCGCGAUAUCAGCAUGGGAUUGCAGUCAUUGGAAACUUUUUGUACGUGGUUGGUGGACAGAGUAACUAUGACACGAAAGGUAAAACAGCCGUGGAUACCGUUUUUCGAUAUGACCCAAGGUACAACAAGUGGAUUCAGGUGGCGUGUCUGAACGAGAAGAGGACCUUCUUUCAUCUAAGCGCGCUUAAAGGACAUCUAUACGCCGUGGGAGGGAGAAACGCUGCAGGAGAGUUGGCAACUGUGGAGUGUUACAACCCCAGAACAAACGAAUGGACGUAUGUGGCCAAAAUGAGCGAGCCACACUAUGGACACGCAGGCACUGUUUACGGAGGAUACAUGUAUAUUUCAGGUGGAAUAACUCACGACACCUUCCAGAAGGAACUCAUGUGUUUUGACCCAGAUGCAGACAAGUGGACUCAAAAAGCUCCCAUGACAACGGUGCGUGGCUUACACUGCAUGUGCACCGUCGGCGACCGUCUCUACGUCAUCGGCGGGAACCACUUCCGGGGCACCAGCGAUUAUGACGAUGUACUGAGCUGUGAGUACUAUAGCCCCACCCUUGACUUGUGGACACCAAUCGCGGCCAUGCUCCGUGGGCAAAGCGACGUGGGCGUGGCCGUAUUCGAGAAUAAAAUCUAUGUGGUGGGUGGGUACUCGUGGAACAACCGCUGCAUGGUGGAGAUUGUACAGAAGUAUGACCCAGAGAAAGACGAGUGGCAUAAAGUAUUCGAUCUGCCAGAGUCCCUCGGUGGCAUCAGGGCCUGCACACUGACCGUGUUCCCCCCUGAGGACCUCUCGCUUGCUGGAUCACCAAAUCGAGAGUCUCCGCUCUCUGCUCCUUGAGAAUGGAUGGAGAGAGAGUGAGAGAGAUGGAAGGAUAAAAGGGUCGAUCGCAUUGACGGACGAACGGAUGGAUGGAUUGACGGACAGAUAAAUGAAUAGAUGAAGCUCCAAUCCAAUUGGUCUCUCUCGUUCUCUCUCUCUCUCUCUCUCUCUCUCUCUCUCUCUCUCUCUCUCUCUCUCUCUCUCUCUCUCUCUUACUGUUUCUUUUCCAACAGGAUAAAGACAAUGUUUGCACUCCCCACUGAUAUACGUCUCAAUGGUGUCUGUGGUGAAACCCCUCUCCCUUCCCUUAAUUCCACUUCUCUUCCUCAUCCCCCCAUGUCCUUUUGGAAGUUGAUGCUGAAAGCCCCUCCACCCCUUUUCCCCUCUUCCUUAUUUGCUUUGCGAUGAGAAAGAAAACUGGAACUAAUUCAACGGUUGGGCAUAAUUACAUCUUAACAUUGCAUUUUGGGAUUUGUUUUCUUUUGUCUUUUGGCAGGAAUAACCUUAACUUGAAAAACAAAUGACUUUGCAAUUCAACUUUUCUACCUGAGUCUCCAGAGUUAUGCUAUGAAGACGUUUCCCCAGUCCCACCUAUUCUGAGGUCCCCUACCCCCUUACUCUCUCUCUCUCUCUCUCUCUCUCUCUCUCUCUCUCUCUCUCUCUCUCUCUCUCUCUCUCUCUCUCUCUCUCUUUCUUUCUCUCUCUCUCUCUCUCUCUCUCUCUCUCUCUCUCUCUCUCUCUCUCUCUUUCUGCAUUAUGACUGCCCUGUUUUCUUAUUUCUAUCCAUUCUCACCCUAUACACUCAUCUUUUUUAACUUCAUUCUCUCUCAGGGGGUUAGUUGACCUUUGACCACAGGAUGAGGAAACAGUUUUAAACUCAGGGGUUGGCCUCCCCCAUCCCUCCCACUCUAACUGAUAUCAAUUCUCUACUCCUGCUGUUGUUAUGAAGCAUUAACAGAAUUGUGUUUUCUAAAUUUAAUAAAGAUUUUGAGACAAAAAUAAA